AUGUAUUUUAACAUCAUCCAGGUCUUAGUGCUUGUUCUGGCCACCAUCGCCAUGGUUAGCGCCCAGUAUUAUUACGGAAGUCCUUAUGUGGGCUAUGGUGCUUCUCCCUACUAUUCGGCCGGUUAUGCUUCAGUGCCAGCCUAUACGCAUGGUGGUUAUUAUGGAAAUGUUGCUUCUUAUGGAUAUCCCGGGAGUGGUAAUCCCUAUGGAAGCGGUGGUUAUAACCCCUAUAAUCCCUAUGGAGGUGGCGGCUAUAAUCCUUACAGCAAUUAUGGAUACGGAUAUGGAGGAGGCAAUCCUGGGUUUGGUGGGUCGGCAUCCUAUGCUUACCCACAAAAUAAUUAUGGAUACUUUGGAUCAUCGAGUUAUGGGAGUAGUCCUUACGGAUUCAAUUCGGGAUAUAAUAUGAAUCCUUAUGGAUAUAACAGACCGUAUAGUUUCACUCCCUAUGGGAGCUAUGGCUCAGCUUAUAGUUCUGUUUACAAAUCAUAA